AUGGACAAUCCAACUCAAGCAACCAAAACUAGAAAUCCCCUCAAAUAUACUUUCGACGCUCGCUUCUCGCCAGAUACUCCUCAGGAUGACUCAUCGGAAUUCUCAAACUCCAGCUUCCAAGUGAUAGCCAACAGCAUGGCCCGAAUGGAGGCCGCCCAGCUCGAGAUGAUGAAGAAGAGGGAGAUGGCCAGGCUGGACACUCAGAGGCGCCAGGCUGAGUUGGACCACGAGAUGACUCGGAUGAUGUUGCAAACGCAAGCGCAUAUCGCUUCAACCAUCUGUCACACCAGGAAGAGGAAGAACAACAGUGAUCAUCAUUCAACCACUACUACUUCUGCACAAAACAUGCACAGUGAUGGAGCUCUACUUCUCACUCUGCUCCUCUCCAACAUGAUUUGAUACCCUUCAACUUUCUGCGCAGGUACUACUUUAACUGCUCUACAAUGAAGAAAUUCCACCGGAAAAUGCAGUUGCUCGAAUUUAUAUAUAUAUUAUAGAUUCCCAAAAGAAGUGGGAGAUUACUAGAUGAACUUGUAUGCAUAUGUACAAAUUCGAAUAAAUAUGGCUAACGGAAAAUUGUCAACUGCAA